GGGGGAAGCAGCGGCAUCGGCGCGGCCACGGCGCUGGAGCUCGCCCGGUGCGGGGCCCGCGUUAUCCUGGCGACCCGCAGCGCCCGGCGGGGAGAGGCCGCCGCCAGCCGCAUCCGCAGGGAGACAGGGAACAACGAGGUGCAGUUCAUGCACCUGGACCUGGCCAGCCUGCGCUCAGUGAGAGCCUUUGCCAGCACCUUCCUGCGCCAGGAGCCCAAGCUGCACAUCCUCAUCAACAACGCGGGGGUGAGCGCUGGGGGCACGACAGAGGAUGGCUUCAGCCUGCCCUUCCAGGUGAACCACCUGGGCCAUUUCCUGCUGACCCAGCUGCUGCUGGAGCGGCUGCGGAGCUGCGCUCCCAGCCGGGUGGUCAUCGUGGCCUCCAGUGCCCACUGUGCCGGCCGCCUGCGCCCCGAGUCCCUGGGCCGGCCGCCCUCGGGGCUGUUUUCCACCUUCCAGGACUACUGUGACAGCAAACUGGCCAACGUGCUGCACGCCCGCGAGCUGGCCACGCGCGAGCAGGGCACGCAGGUCACCUGCUACGCCGUGCACCCAGGUAGGACCCAGCUCACCCCUGGUGCCUGUCUGUGA